GUAUCUAUGAAAUUUGAUGAAGAUGACACCGUAAUAGUAAAUACUGUCUACCAGUCAUCACCUGUAGUAAUUCAUGGUAAUGGCCCAUCAAAAAUUCUUCUAAAUUCUCUUGGCAAUUAUUUGGCGAAGUCAUGGGUCUAUGAUCAGGACUGCCUCGCAUGCAAAGAGAACACUAAAGAUCUAAAGGAACUUGCGAGGUCAGAAUACCCUGUUGUGUUACUAGCUGUUUUUGUGGAGAAACCAAUGCCUUUCUUGGAAGAGAUGCUAGACAAAGUUGCCAAUCUUGAUUAUCCAAAGGACAGAAUAGAUCUGUUUGUUCAUAAUCAGGAAAAACUUCAUGUACAACUUGUGGAUGAGUGGAUGUCAAGGCAGAAGUCAGCAGGGUACCGUAGCACAAAGUUCAUAUCUGAAGCCGAUAACAUAAAGGAGUGGCAUGCACGCAAUCUUGCAGUGGAGCAUUGCCUCAAGAAGGAUUGUGAUGCAUAUUUUAGUGUUGAUGGUGAUAUUCAUCUAGAUAAUCCAGAGACUUUGACACACCUUCUAAGCCAGAACAGGCCAAUUUUAGGUGCAGUGAUGGUUCGUGCUGGCCAGGCAUGGUCGACAUUUUGGGGAGCUCUUAAUGAGGAUGGCUUCUAUGCAAGGUCCAUUGACUACAUGGACAUUGUCAACAACAACAGAAGGAGUGCCUCCCUUGUGUCUGCAUUUUAUUUGAGAAUUUCUUCAUGA